UUUUUUAUUUGCUUGCGACUGUUGUCGUCGCUGAGAGCUCCAUUGUGGUGCUCUACGAUAGGCAAUGUGCCAUUGGCAUCAGUCUUUAUGGGGUGGUAUAGUGGGUGACGAACUAUAUGGCUGAAGUUGCGGUCUUACGUUGACAACGCGCUCGAGGAAUUUUUUUUUGUCACGUCGAUCGCUUGGCUGGGCUGCCAGGCACGUUUGGAAAACAGGACUCCGCACCCUUCCUCCAUUGCUCUUCCCAUUUCAACGACUAGCGGCAAGAAUGAGCCAUCCAACUUCCAUGGAUAUCCAAGGUACUGUGGAUCUCGAAAAACAAAUCAAUGAAGAAUACAAAAUGUGGAAGAAAAAUUCCCCAUUUCUGUAUGAUCUUGUCGUCACCCAUGCACUAGAAUGGCCAAGUCUUACGUGUCAAUGGCUGCCACAGCUUCCUGACAGUGACAGGUCGGUGCAGAGUUUAUUGGUGGGCACACAUACCAACGACGAAGAACCGAAUUAUCUUCAGGUGGCUUCGGUUCAAUUGCCCACAGACAGCGAAGCGCAGUCAGCGAAUGGUGGCGGCGCACACGUUCGAAUUACUCAGAAGAUACCACAUGAGGGAGAAGUUAAUCGAGCACGUUAUCAACCCACCAACCCUAAUAUCAUUGCCACGAAAACGAGAACAGGUGACGUUCUUGUCUUUGAUCGCAAGCGACAUGCCAGUUUCCCAAAAGAUCGGGAUGAAAAAUGCAAUCCUCUUUUACGGUUAUCAGGACAUGAUAAGGAAGGAUAUGGAUUGGCUUGGAACCCGCAUCAAUCUAUGGGGCAACAUGUUCUCAGCGCAGGUUUUGACAACCUUGUUUGUCAUUGGGAUAUUGCCUCCACUCCUGAGCAAGGCAAUACACUUCAGGCGUAUCGCACCUACAACGCUCACACUGCUAGCGUCGAAGAUGUAGCAUGGCAUAUGAAACAUGACUCUAUCUUUGCCUCUGUAGGAGAUGACAUGAGACUCAUGAUCUGGGACUGCCGAAAGGAAGGGUCUGAUAAACCCAGCCAUAAUAUCCAGGCUCACAAGGCGGAGGUGAACUGUGUCGCUUUCCAUCCUAGUUACGAAUGGAUCUUGGCAACUGGCUCAGGUGAUAAGACAGUAGGAUUAUGGGAUAUGCGCAAUUUAUCGCGUCAAUUACACAGUCUGGAAACACAUGAGGAUGAAGUGUUGCAAUUGAGCUGGUCACCGCAUCAUGAUGCUAUCUUAGGAUCGGCCAGUAGCGAUAGAAGAGUCAACAUUUGGGACCUGACCAAGAUAGGUGAAGAGCAAACACCGGAGGACGCUGAAGAUGGUCCUCCGGAAUUACUGUUUGUACACGGUGGACAUACGAAUAAGAUUGCCGACUUCUCAUGGAAUCCGUUAGAACCUUGGGUGAUUGCUAGUACCGCUGAAGAUAAUAUUAUUCAAGUUUGGCAGUUGGCAAAUAACAUCCAUACUGGUAGUGAUCAAGUAUCGAUUGCCCUUAGCGACUUGGAAUGAUUGCAUAGCCCCCCGAAAGAUAGGAAGUCACGGGGAUGUGAAUUGUGUGAAAAGCGUUGAUACGUUCAGGUGGCCAUCAAGCUAAACCAAUCAAAUUGCACUUCCUCAGAGAUUUUCCUUUUCUGAAUAGCGAGUGUUCCGUUAGCAAAUAAAAUGUAGAAUAACACGAAUAGAUGUGUUCGAAAGGCAAUGUACGGC